CAGUUGAUGAAUUGCUCCAUCACAUAGAUACACCUUUGUAUCUAGGCGAUAUUGACAAUAAUGACCAAUUGAAAAUUUAUACACGAGUAAAUUCACUUUCCGUACAACUACCCGCAGUAUUGCCUUCAAAAGAAACAAACCGAGCUCGCACCUUAUGUUAUGAUAUCAUGCGUGAAAAAACAAAUAAUGAUUCAGUUCAUUAUUUCAUGGAAAAUACUGCUAGGAUAUGGCCAAAUGUUUUGAAGGCUUUUAUCACUCCAUUCUUGAAAGAGAUUUUGCAAUAUUUGUCAGAAAUUUUGAACUCUGAAGAAUUUCAUAAUAAAUGCUGUAACGAAUAUGAUCAAGAAAAAUUUCAGGAAUACCGUUUCAAUCUUGUAAAGUCUUUUGAGUUAGCUGCUUGUUGGUGGUGCUGGGACGAUGUGCAUUCGAGAUAUGUUUCAAAAAUUCUAUGGCCAUUGGUAAAAAAUGAAAAAGGAAAGGAUAUUCCUUUAGAGAUUAUUGGUGCAGUUUGCCGCCCAAGAUUGUUUGAAAAAACGGAAAAGGAGG